AUGGGCUGGACUAUGACUCUAAAAGAUGACUUUGGGGCCAUUGCCUGGACACGGCAUUCUGGAAGCUACCUCAGCCUCUUCCUCCUCUUGUCUCUCUUUUCCCUUUCAGUCCAGUCCGAUGUUGUGUUUCCAAAGGACCAUAAUUUCUCUUGGAAAGCAGGCCAGUGGGGUCAGUGUGUCGGCGAGGAGUGUGGCUCUGGCGGGCUUCAGACGAGGACAAUAUGGUGUGUCCACAUGGAAGGCUGGACUACCCACCAUUCUCACUGCCAGCACGUGGACAAGCCAGGAAGUCAGCGGCACUGCUUUAAGGUCUGCGACUGGCACCAGAACCUCUUUGUGUGGGAGGUGUCGGACUGGGGGGGCUGCGUUCUUGUCCCUUUCUUUUCCAGCGAGCACAGGCUGAGGACGGCUGAGUGCAUUACAGCACAGCACGGCAUCCAGAGGCGCAAAGUCCAUUGUGUGCGCACUUCAAACCGUACCGCAGUCAACUUGAGGAUAUGUGAGUUCUUUUCCCAAAAACCACCUGUGGAGCAGGCAUGCCUCAUCCCCUGCCCACAGGAUUGUGUAGUUUCAGACUUCACCUCCUGGUCCAGUUGCAGCAAAACAUGCAGCACUGGCCUGCAGCAUCGGACACGACAUGUCCUGGCCACACCGAUGUACGGAGGGGCCAGCUGCCCCAACUUGACUGAGACCAGGACUUGUUCCGGCCUUGUUGACUGCCCUGCUGGGGAGGGCGAGUACCAGUACAGCCUUAAAGUAGGGGCCUGGAGCGAUUGCCGACUACCCCAUCACAAGGAUGCCCUGUUAAGUGGCAGGACCACAGUGGACUUCAGCACCAGCUCCAAUGAGAGCAACACAGUCACAUUGAACACACAGGCUUCUCACCACCACCACCACCAUCACCACCACCAGCAUCGUCAUGAACACAAGUAUCCCAUGUCGUGGGAACUGGAGGUGGGAUACCAGACACGGCAAGUCCGCUGCACACGAACUGACGGCAAGAAUGCUAUGUUGAGUCUAUGUACCAAGGACAACUCUGCCCUGACCUUUCAGGCGUGUGUGAUGCCCAAAGACUGUCAGACAUCUGAUUGGUCCUCCUGGAGUCCCUGCUCCAAGACCUGCCAAUCCACCGAUCUGUCUCCUGGUUACCGCCUCAGGUCACAAAUCAUGACCCAGAUCCCAGUUGGAGGGGGGCAGAGAUGUGCUGCCCUUGAGGAAAAAGAAGCUUGCAACAUCAUAGGAGAUUUACUUCCAAACUGCCCCAGGUAUGUCUGGAGGACCACUGACUGGGGCGAAUGUCGCAUCCUCCCCUUACUGAGCCAGCAGGACCGGCGGCUGGCUAACAUCAGUGUUCUGUGUGGAAGGGGGAUCCAGAACAGGAAGACCUACUGUGUUCAAGCCCCUGAUCACUCGGCACCGCAACACAGGAAGGAGGUGUCCAGGCCUGUAAAUACCAGGCUGUGCGCUGGUGAAGAGCCCCCCUUGGCAGUCCAACACUGCUCCAUCCCUUGCCAGCACCACUGCCUGCUCUCCCAGUGGUCACCCUGGGGUGCCUGCCUACAUGACAACUGCAAAGAACCACAGGGGAAGAAAGGUUUCAGACAGAGGAGGAGAGAGGUGUUGUGGGAGUCCAGCAGUCCUCCGGAGACCUGCUCUCAUCUGGUGGAUUUCAUCCCCUGUGAGGAUCCCGCAUGCUACCUGUGGCAGGUCGAACAAGCAGGAGGAUGCAUUCCCACUAAAAACGUGUGUGGUCCUGGAACGGCGGCCCAGAAUGUGACCUGCGUCAGCGCUGAAGGGAACGAUGUGCCGGUGGCCCACUGUGUACACGACCCUCCCCCCUUAGAAGUGGCCUGCGAGGUGGCCUGUCCUGCAGACUGUGUGGUUGGCUCCUGGUCUUCCUGGUCCCCCUGCUCACACAGCUGUGCCACCAAGACCGCCGAGGGUCGACAGAGCCGCACUCGCAGUGUGCUGGCCAUGCCAGGAAAAGGAGGGAAGGAGUGUCCGGCAGCUCCAGCCCUGCAGGAGUGGCGAGUCUGUAAUGACCAGCCUUGUAUGGUGUUCUUCUGGGAGGCUUCAGCCUGGGGUCCUUGUAUGGAGGAUGCCUCCAUGGAUCUCAAUGGAACCCGCUCCAGAAAUGAGACCUCUACAUGUGCUAUGGGUCUUCAGAUCCGCAAAGUGAGCUGCAUGAAGAUGAACCUUGGACCUGUGAUGAAUAAAAGGUGUUCAGAUUCUGCUCGUCCAGAAACCGCCCGACCCUGUUUGCUGCCCUGCAAGAAGGACUGUAUUGUGACACCCUUCAGUGAAUGGACCGCCUGCCCGUCCACCUGUGUGCCAGAAAAUGCAACCGCCGCCUCAGAGUCUCGAUACAGAAUCAUCAUUCAGAGGUCUGCUAAUGGAGGUCAAGAGUGCCCUGACACACUGCACGAAGAGAGAGAGUGUGAAUCACUUCCUGUGUGUCCAGUGUAUAGUUGGAGAGCAAACAAGUGGCACAGCUGCAGUUUGGUUCCAGAGUCUGUCCGACGUGGAUUAUCUGGACCAGGAGAAGCCUGUGGAAAUGGUUUAGAAACAAGAGGAGUCAGUUGUGUUGGGGAGAGCGGCGAGUCGGCCAAUAUGACAGAGUGCCUGCGAUGGGCUGGCCCCCUGCCCCCUCAGAUCAAAGAGUGCCGGGUGGCUUGCAAGGAUGACUGCACUCUAACCGCUUGGUCCAAGUUUUCUGGCUGCGCUGGAUGCGGCAGCUCCAGCAAUCGCAAUCGCGUCCUCACAGGUCGCAGUAAAAAGAAGGUGCAUUGCCUGAUUAAGGAGCUGUACCCACUGGAGGAGACAGAAAUGUGUCCCUGCGAUGAGUUCUUGUCCCAGCCCUAUGGGAACUGGUCUGCAUGCAUCCUCCAUGAUCCUUCAGCUCCGGGGUCGCUGCAUGGCUGGAUGAGCCACCGAGAGGUGAAGGAGUGUGGACAAGGUUUGCGCUACAGAGCCGUGGCCUGCAUUGACCAGGAGGGACACCUGGUCGACCCCGCAUCCUGCACAGACUCAGGCUACAUGGUGGAGGUUUGCCACGUCCCUUGCCCCCUAGACUGUAAGCUCAGUGACUGGUCAGCUUGGUCGCCCUGCAGUGCAUCCUGUGGCAGUGGGUUGAAGAUCAGGUCCAAGUGGCUCAGAGAGAAAUCUUUCAAUGGAGGACGGCCAUGCCCCAAGCUGGAUUUGAAAAAUCAGGCUCAGGUAUAUGAGGCGGCGCCGUGCUACAGUGAAUGCGGCCAAUACGAGUGGAGGAUCGAGCCGUGGUCCAUUUGUACCAUCAACACUGUGGACGACCUUCCAGCCUGCGGGGAUGGAGUGCAAAGCCGCAAGAUCAGGUGUGUAAAGCAGGGAACAGCGAGUGGGGAGAACAGCACCUUGGAGGACAGUCUGUGUGAUCAGGAGGAAAUGCCUCCCAGAGCCCAGGUCUGCUUCCUGGCCUGCCCAGAGGACUGCGUCGUGGCCCCCUGGGGAGCUUGGAGCAACUGCCCUCUGCAAUGUCACAGAGGAACAGCGCGGAACAGGAGCAGACACAUCCUCCGCCUCCCAGCCUCGGAAAGUUCAGCCUGUCCAGAGCUGGUCCAGUCGGAGCCCUGUAUUCUCAACAGCACCUGCUUCUCCUACCAGCACAGAGUCUCAGACUGGAGUACAUGCCAACUGAGCGAAAAUGCCAUCUGUGGUCAGGCUUCACGUUUUCGUCUCGUAGACUGUAUUCGCAGCGACGGCAAGAUAGUGGAGUUGCAGAAAUGCAAGCAGUUUGGUCUGAUCAACAAGUGGAGGCUGUCAGAGAGCUGCGUGGUUAACUGUCCCGUCAACUGCAUCCUCUCUGAAUGGUCACAGUGGGCUGAAUGUUCGCACACUUGCGGUAACCAAGGUCAGUCUGUGCGCAGCCGGAGGAUCCUGCAGGAGGCCCAUGAGGAGGGUCGGCCCUGUCCCCCCCAGCUCACCCAGACCAAGCCAUGUCCCAUAAGGCCUUGCUAUACAUGGCUGCUUAGUGACUGGUCCCCAUGCACUGUGGAGGGUGCAGAGUGUGGUGAGGGGCUUCGGAGGAGGAGCCUGUCAUGUGUCGCCCACAAGGGCAACUGGCCUGAGUCUCCUCCGCAGCCAAUGGACGCGCAGCUUUGUGGAGACAAACUGCGGCAGCAGAUCCAACAGGAAAUGCAACAUCCCUGCUUUGUCCCCUGUCCAGGAGACUGCCAUUUGACUGUGUGGUCGUCUUGGAGCUCCUGCCAGCUGACCUGCGUGGAAGGGCGAAGUUUUGAGACCACCGGUCGCCAAGCUCGCUCUCGAGCUGUGAUCAUUCAGGUCAUGGAGAACCAGGGCAGCUGCCCACAUCAAGUGUUUGAGACACAGCCUUGCAAAGGGGGGAAAUGCCACAGUUACCAGUGGAUGAUGGGAGGAUGGAGCAACAAUGUAAGAGUGGUAUGGUGUCAACGCUCAGAUGGUGUCAAUGUCACAGGGGGGUGUUUUCCACAGAAAAGGCCGACCACAGUCAGACACUGCCAUCCUCUGUGCACCAAACCCUUCUCACACUGCACACCGAGCGGAGUGUGUGGGUGUGAGAAGGGUUACACUGAAGUAAUGACCACGCACGGCUUCUUGGACUACUGCACCAGAACCCCGGGGGUGGACAACAACAAGAAAGCUGAUGUGAAAACCAACUCUGGAAGAUUAAAACCCGGACCUUCUAAGGCCCAGGACCUCUUCAGUGAGUGGACCUUAAGACCUGUUGGCCCAGAUGGAAGAGUAAAGCUGUGGGUUUACGCCGUGACUGCUGUUGGAUUCAUCUUCAUACUCUUUCUUAUUGCAUUAUCCUUCCUGGUUUGCAAGCCAUCUAAAUCUACGAAGACGUCUCCUCCACCGCAGAAGCCCUUGACCCUGGCCUACGAUGGUGACAUGGAUAUGUAAGGUGGCUAUACGUCACAUGACGUGUUCGGCCUCAGACAGACUCCAGACUAGGUUCUGUUUGUUCCAUCACAUGCAGCUGACUGUUGGCCAGUUUGAGCUGGGUGAAUAUUUGCUGUAGUUCCAACUGUAAUGCAACAAAAAAAAAAUGCAGUGGACAGAUAACGACGAUUGCGACUGAUUUGCUGCUGAGGGCAAUAUGGCCCGGAAUUUUGGUAUCAGCCAACUUUCCUUCCCGAAGAAGAGGAACCAAAGCCGAACAUGGUGCAAAUGAGACAAAAGGCCUCCAGACGUAGGUAACAAAUGGACCUCUAGUUUCUUUUUUUUACCGCUUGCAAUGUGAACACACUUUUACAGCACUGGUUGCAACCAACAAGUCAUGAGGACUCCUCAAAGACAAAGUGGAUCCACAGGUGUUUGAGUUUUUUGAGAAUCAGAGG